AUGAUUCGAAUAUCGGCUCUUUACAAUAAGAAACGGCUGCCUCUAGACGUGCAGAUUUAUGAGACUGUUGUACUUGUCAAAGACAAAGUGCAAGAACUCUUCCACAUUGACACUAAGAGCAGAAGCGAAAAGAAGUUCAUAGUGGUAUCCUAUCAGGGAGCCGAGCUGCAGGACGACUGGGUGCUGAACGAGGUUGGCAUCAACGCUGGGUCGACUCUAAAGUGUAGUCUGCGAGAGGAAGUCACCCCGAAGAUUUUCAUCCACUGCAGUUUCAACGAUGAGAUUAUUGAGAUAACUGAUAAUCUGGAUUUCUCAAGCUCCAUGGUGGCCGAGCUUCGGUUAAUGAUCUCUCGGAAGAUCGGGCUGCCGGUGACGGUCUACCGUAUACUGACCUCAUCAGGCCAGGAGAUGUUUGAUCUGAACCUCCUGAGUCAGUACGGACUCGAGGUUGGUUGCUCCCUGCAAAUGGAGACACUCGACGGCUGGAAUGAGUUCUUAAAAUCAGCCAUUUUUGGACAUGCAGCUGCGGUUGUUCGAAACUUUAACCAAACAGAUGAAGCGGUUUGUAGGUUUCAAAUGCGAGUGGCGUUAUUCAUUGGCGCGCAUUACGGCCAUAUGGACCUCGUAAUAGCAAUGUUGAAAAACGGUCUGAGAUCGGAUGAGAAAGUUGGCGAUCACCCAUCUAAGGAAUGGUGUCGGAGCUCUCACAUCGAAGCCUAUAAGACCCCCGUGCACGAAGCAGCAGAACAUGGACAACUCAGCAUCCUGCGUAUUUUUGUGUUCAACAACAUCUGCUGUGUUCACACCAAAGACGGCAUGGGUCUAACCGCUCUAAAUGUCUCACUUCGUAAGCAUAAACGAGAAGUUGCUUUGUAUCUGCUCACUAAGCAGUGGGCUAAUGUUCAAUUCAAUGCUAUGACCCUUCCGUUAUUCAUCUACUCUGCAAUACGUAGAUGGUGUGACAAAGCAAAGGAUAAAGUCCUAUUGGUUCACGGUCAUUAUAAAUCCAGCGUGAAAUUUCGUCGAUCAACCCAUCUCCCUGGAGCUCUCUGCGGUCAGGGCGUCCAAGUUGACGGGUUCACCGACAGCCUUAUGAACUCAAGUCCACGAUCCCGGACUUUGGAAAGUAUCAAAACGAAAAACGUCGAACUUGCCCGGCGGGGAACCGUCGGGUCUCUCGUGGAUAUCCCUCAACGCUCCGUGGAGAAACUGCCCCGCAUCCACGGCACUAAAACCCCGUCUGUCGUGUGCAAGUACCGGGAGAGAUUACACUCCAAAACCGAUGAGCUGGAAGCUGAUUCCCCGCCACGGCCCCGUAGUCGCAGCAUUGUCGGUGUACCACCAAUAACCCUACCGGAUGUCACCUCCAGUAAAGGGAAAUCGCGCAGGUCUUCGGACGCGGGAACAUUCCGUGCUACAGAUCUAGAAUCCCGUAUUGACAUUACAAAGAGCGAAAGCGGUAACACCUCAUACAUACGCACCGCAGGCGGCACGUCCGUCGGACGCAUUUUAGAAACCGACCAGAAAUCAAACAAAUCCGUGAAGUCCUUGUCUCCAUUAGAAAAACGUGACAUUGAACGCAGGCGACGCAACAGAGCCGCAAGCCUGGAUUGCUCUAUUCCACUCCCUCCGAACAGCGGGGUGAGAGACUCUGAAAGACCCUUCUUCUACUCCCCUGUAGACAAGAAUAUCCCCCGGUCGACGGUAGGCCUGUAUGAGGGUCUUACAGGUAGCACUACCUGGGAACGAGCCAUUAAAGCGCUCACUGUUACCUCAUCAUUUAAAGACAAGUCUUGGUUGUACAGGGUUCGUAUGGCAAUGGCCUUGUCUGAGACUCAUGUGAAGAAACUUGGAUUAUCUGAAAACUCCGAAGACAGAGAGGGAGGCGAGACACGGAAGAAGGGCAGGCGGGCUUCUGGGGCUAGUCAGUCGGCUAGGAGUUCAGUGGCGACCGCCACACCACUCCAUAGAACCCAAAGUGCUGUCAGUAGCUGA